GCAUUUGCUAUAUGCAGUGGUCCAGAAAAGAGAGAUUAAAAAACGAUGUAUAUAGGUUAGAUGAUCGUUUCUUAUCAUUAUUAGCUUUUACUUGAUCACCCGAUGAAGGUUAGACUUGGGCAUUGCGAUCCCGGAAUAAAUAGAACUUCUUUUUUCCUUUGAGCAAAGCCAUUUGGAAACAUGAGAAGGCCUCCCGUAUUCCAACCACUUCUCCUCUUCCUCUCCUCUCUGUUCUCUCUCUCCGUUGGAGGUGACCUCCUAACUCCAACCCAGCCACUCCGCGACGGCCAAACCCUGAUCUCAGCCGGUGGGAACUUCGAAUUAGGCUUCUUCAGUCCUGUCAACUCCAACAACCGCUAUGUAGGAAUAUGGUACCACAAGGUUUCAGUCCCAACCGUCGUGUGGGUCGCCAACCGCCAGCACCCGAUCUCCGAGCCCAAGGGAAGCUUAUCGAUCACCGCCAAUGGAACGCUAGUCAUCACCGACCAGAAUUCCACGGCCGUCUGGUCCUCGGGCUCAUCGGGCCUAACCAACCCGGUCGCACAACUCUUGGACAGCGGUAACUUCAUCGUUAAAGAAGCUAAAGGUGCUAGCAAUGGUCCAGGUAGCUUCGCAUGGCAGAGCUUCGACUACCCGACCGACACGCUGCUCCCGGGCAUGAAGCUCGGGUGGAACUUAACGAGCCAUUUGAACCGCAACCUGACGGCAUGGACCGAUGCUAGCGACCCGGCGCCGGGCUACUACUCCAUGGCUCUGGACGUCGAGGGCGACCCCGAGAUAUUCUUAUUGGGCGGAGCGCACCGGCUGUGGCGCACGGGGCCAUGGGUCGGUCAAAGGUUCAGCGGCAUCCCGGAGAUGAAGACGUAUAGCAUGUUCACCUUCAACUUUGUCAUGGACCAGGAUGAGAUCUACUACACGUUUAACAUCCUCGACGGAUCGGUCAUCUCGAGGCUGAUCGUGAACCAGUCCGGCGUGACCCAACGACUGGUCUGGCUCGAACAGAGCCAAGCGUGGAGCAUCUUCUGGUUUGCUCCCAAGGACCAGUGCGACGGCGUCUCGCCGUGCGGUCCGUUCGGGAUCUGCGACACUAACAACUCGCCGAUAUGCGACUGUUUGCAGGGGUUCGAGCCCAGGUCGCCGACGAAUUGGGCCCUGAGGGAUGGGUCGGAUGGGUGCAAGAGGAAGACAGCGUUGGAUUGCCGGAAUGGGACCGACGGCUUCGUGACGGUGAAUGAGGUGAAGCUACCCGACACGUCGAACUCGACCGUCGACAUGAGCUUGAGUUUGGAUCAGUGCAGGGCUAUGUGUUUGAGGAAUUGCUCAUGCACGGCUUAUGCUAGUGCUAAUACCAGUGGCGGAGGGUGCAUAAUUUGGACUGCAGAGAUCACUGAUCUAAGGGUGUUCACGUUUGGUGGACAGGAUCUCUACGUCCGGCUAGCGGCGGCCGAUCUAGGUUCGGCAUCCAAACAUUCACACCUGAGCAGAAUAGCUGCUAUCGUGGUGGGCUCUGUUCUGGGAACUCUACUGCUUGGCUGGAUUGGUUGUUGCAUUUGGAAUAAGAAGAGGAGAAGGAGAAGAACAAAACAGGCUAUGUCCAUGUUAGGUACCAUUUCCUUCGCCAAUAACUACAUCAAUGAAGGCACAGAAGGAAACGAGCUGGAUCUGCCUUCAUAUGAUUUGGGUACAAUUGUAGCAGCUACUGAUAACUUCUCUAUCAAAAACAAGCUUGGUGAAGGUGGCUUUGGCCCCGUAUACAAGGGAAAGCUGGGAGAGGAACAAGAAAUAGCUGUGAAGAGGCUUGCAAAGACUUCAGUGCAAGGCAUCGAUGAGUUCAAGAAUGAGGUGAUGCUCAUUGCCAAGCUUCAGCACCGGAACCUCGUUCAGCUUCUUGGUUGCUGCAUCCAAGGAGAGGAAAGGAUGUUAAUCUAUGAGUACAUGCCUAAUAAAAGCUUGGAUGCCUUCCUAUUUGACAAAGCUAAAGCUGCACUGCUGGAUUGGCAAACCCGCUACAACAUUAUAGCAGGGAUUGCCCGUGGACUUCUCUACCUCCACCAAGAUUCUAGAUUAAGAAUCAUCCACAGGGAUCUCAAAGCUAGCAACAUUCUACUUGACAAAGAGAUGAACCCUAAAAUUUCAGACUUCGGCAUGGCAAGAAUAUUUGGGGGGGAUGAGGCAGAAGUAAAUACACACCGAGUGGUUGGAACCUAUGGAUACAUGUCUCCUGAGUAUGCCAUGGAUGGCAUCUUCUCAGUGAAAUCUGAUGUAUUUAGCUUUGGUGUUUUAGUACUUGAAAUCACAAGUGGCAAGAAAAACAGAGGGGUUUAUUACUCCAAUCGCCAUACAAAUCUUCUAGGACAUGCAUGGUAUUUGUGGAAAGAAGGUAAUGGCUUGGAAUUAGUGGAUGAAUCAAUAGGCUACUCAUUUCCCAUGGCUGAAGUGUUGAGGUGCAUAAAGGUGGCUCUCUUGUGCGUUCAAGAACACCCAGAGGACAGGCCAACAAUGUCCAGUGUAGUGUUAAUGCUGGGCAGUGAGAGUGCUUGUCUCCCAUACCCUAAACAACCUGGUUUUGUUGCGACGAAAGGCCCCUUUGAAAUUGAUUCAUCGUCAAGCAAGCAAGAUUCACUAACCGUAAAUGACUUAUCAGUUACAGUAUUUGAAGCUCGAUAAAAGAUGUCAGGGUGAACACGACCAUAAGAAAUUGUAUAUAUUCUAAUUUGGAAUGGGAGAGAGGAUGCAAACCUACUUAUUCUUUUAAAAUUUUGCCUUGCUUUGUUGGACCAACUUGAUUGUUCUAAA